AUGGAAGUCUCGGAAGUCGACACGUUGAUUUGUGGAGGAGGCAUGUCCGGCAUGGCAUGCGCUGCAUUCACAGCGGAGGCUGGAGCCAAGACCCGGGUAUUUGAGAAACAAGAAGAAGUUGGUGGAUCUUCAAAUCUUUCUGCUGGCAUGUUCUGGGCGCCGAAUACUUAUGAAAAACUAAGGUCUUGGGUGCCACACGGCGAUCCAGAUUUGCAGCGGGCAUGGCUGGACGAGUACUUACCAGCAGUGCAAUGGAUGCGCGAGAGUGGUAACCCCACCGCAAACCGCUUCGACGGAAUCAUGACAAUUGUAUCACUUUUACGUACGGUGGAGUUUCAAUUGAUGCGCAAGGACAACACCGUCAUCCCUGGCCUACUCAUGGCUGGAGUCGAUGCUGGUGGAUUUAUUAAGCUGGGUUACGCGGGCGGUCUCGGUCUCGCCCUUGUCACAGGCCUUUGGGCUGCUCGAGAAGUUACACGAGAGCUAGGAUUACCGGAACCUCGUCUUCCUGCUGCCGACGCCAGAGACGCAGCGCCUAUCCAUGGUCGACUCUGA